UUCGCUAAUAUUAGAUAACUUCACAGAAAAGACUCAGUGUAACUGCAACUGUAACUAGUACUGAAAAUUAUUCAAAAUUGUUUUUAUUUACUCAUUAAUUUUAAUCCGCAUUGUCAAAUCUGUAAAUAGUCAAAAUGAGUGCUCCAAUGGAUAAAGAAGAAAAGGCUUUGGAUAUGGUUGUUGACGCACUUAUCAACCGUUGCCAAGAUUUAAAAAAUAUUAUUUCAUCAUUCAUUAUGAAGCUAGAAAAUGAAAAUUUAAGUUGGCCUCAUGUAUUAGACAACUUUGCUUUAAUAUCAGGACAAGUAAACACUGUGUUGAAAAUCUUAAGAAAUGAAAAGACUCCUCCUUUGAGAAAUCGAGUACUUUUACCCUUGUUGCUCAAUCCAGAUAGAGAUGAAGAAUUAGUAAAAAUGACAGAGAAUCGAGUCCAAGCUUUCAACCAUGAAAUUGUUCCUGAUUAUUUGAGAACCAAACCAGAUCCAGAAAUAGAAGCUAGGGAACAACAGUUUGCUUUAAAAAGCCAUAGUAUGCCUAUGGACAUGGCUCAAAAACAAAUAACAGCUAUAACUAAAAUUGUAAAUAAUAUACUGGAUACAGUCAAAGCCAACAGAGAUGCUUGGGAAAAUGAUUCAGGUCAGAGAGCCAGUGCUACUCAGACAUCAUCUUUAGCUGAUACUAGUGCUUUAAUAUGUGCAAUAACUGUUGGGAAAGGCUUGAAACCAACUACUGGAUCUCCAAAAGGGCAGCCUACUAAUCCACAACCACCUCCCCAACAGCCCACUCGACCAGCAUCUGGUGGGAAAGUACCAAGUGGAAUCAAAACAAACAUUAAAUCAGCUGGAAGUAUGCAUCCAUAUGCAAGAUAAGAUUUUAAAAGAAAAAGAAUAGAUUAAGAUAAUUUAAUAACCAUUUGUCAUUUUUUAACAAUUCUGGAAUGUAUAGUAUCUUUGUCCUGCAUUUUUGUACAAGAAAUAACUUUUAUGUAUAUAAGUCAUUGUAAAUAUUUUGUGACAUCUUUGUCAAUAAAGUGGAAUUGGUGGAGUUAUU